AUGUUCGCUGUUCCAGGAUGGUCCGUUGAGAGCUCUGCUCUGAAGUCACAGACUCAAGCGGCACAGCCUAAAAACGACUCUCAGCCGGAGAAGAAUGCCUCCAACGAUGCGAAGAACAAUAAACGCAAGCGUGCCAAUGACCGUGUCACUGCGGGAAAUGUGGAUGAGAUGUACCGCAGACACAUCGAGGGUACCUCCAGGAGUGGAAAGCAUGGUGCAGAUGAUUCUGUGAAGCCAGAGAAGAAGCAGAACAAGGAAAAGAAGCAGAAACAGACACUUGAGACUGCCACCCAGGAGACUACAAGUGAAACUGCCACUACUGCCGAGGCAGAUGCAGAUCAAGCCGAGGAUAAAGCACCCAAGAAGAAGCAAAGGAGGAACAGGAGGAACAAGGACAACAAGGACAACGCAGAGGACAAGAUCGAGGCAGACGGCGCUACCACUACCCCGGCUAAAGAAGCUCCUGCUGCUGCUCCUGCUCCCGCUCCCGCUGCACCCGCACUCCCACCAACAUCGAACCUGACUCCUCUCCAGCAGGCGAUGCGACAGAAGCUGAUCUCCUCUCGGUUCCGCCACCUGAAUGAAACCCUCUACACCACCCCCUCCGCGAAAGCACUCGAAAUGUUCAGUACCAACCCGGAGCUGUUCGACGAGUACCAUGCCGGAUUCGCGCGACAGGUGAAGGAGUCCUGGCCCUCCAACCCGGUCGAUGACUACAUCAAGACUAUCCGUACCCGCGGUGCAAUUCCGCUCCCAAGGCGAGGAAAUCCCAUUAACCCUGCUAAGGGCUACCCGCUCCCUCGUCGUCCCACUGGACUAUGUACAUUCGCAGAUCUGGGCUGCGGUGAUGCACAACUCGCGCGCGCUUUGACAUCCUCCGCCAAGAAGCUGAAAAUCAAGCUUAACAGCUACGAUCUGGCAGCGCCCGAUCCACUGAUCACCAAAGCCGAUAUCUCGAAUCUUCCUUUGGAAGAUGGGGCGGCGGAUGUGGCUAUUUUCUGUCUAAGUCUGAUGGGAACCAACUGGGUUUCGUUCGUCGAGGAGGCAUGGCGUAUUUUGCGCGGUGACGGCAAGGGCGAGUGCUGGGUCAGUGAGGUCAAAAGUCGAUUUGGAAAGGUCCAACGCAAGAAGUCUCAGAUCGGUGCGAUGAAGCCCGGCAGCAAGGCAGACAAGAAGAAGCCCAAGAAGAAGGGCGGCGCCGAUUCUGAUGACGAUGAGGCUGAUAUCUUUGCUGAGGAUGCGCGACCGUCUGACAAUAACGAUGAGACUGAUAUCUCGGCGUUUGUGGAGGUGUUCCGGUCUCGUGGGUUCAUGCUUCGCCAGGAAUCCGUGGAUAAGUCCAAUAAGAUGUUCGUGAGAAUGGUGUUUGUUAAGCAGGGUGGUGCGCCUACCAAGGGUAAACACGCUUCGGCUCUCACUGCGCCUGCCCCUGGUAACAAGAAGCGCUUUGUCGACCGCAAGCCUGAUUCAGAGUCUGGCAUGUCGGCUGAACAGGAAGCCCAGGUGCUGAAGCCUUGUGUUUAUAAGAUCCGCUAG